AAACAGCUGACACAGGAUGAUGACACUGACGAGGUUGAGAUUGCCAUCGACAACACAGCCUUCAUGGAUGAGUUCUUCUCUGAGAUUGAGGAAACUCGGCUCAACAUUGACAAGAUCUCAGAGAGUGUGGAGGAAGCUAAGAAACUCUACAGUAUCAUUCUCUCUGCACCGAUUCCAGAGCCAAAAACCAAAGAUGACCUUGAACAGCUCACGACUGAGAUCAAGAAGAGGGCCAACAACGUCCGGAACAAGCUGAAGAGCAUGGAGAAGCAUAUUGAAGAAGAUGAUGUCCGGUCAUCAGCAGACCUUCGGAUCCGAAAGUCCCAGCAUUCCGUCCUCUCCCGGAAGUUUGUGGAAGUGAUGACAAAGUACAACGAAGCUCAGGUGGACUUCCGUGAACGCAGCAAAGGGCGCAUCCAACGGCAGCUUGAAAUUACUGGCAAGAAGACAACAGACGAGGAGCUGGAAGAGAUGUUGGAGAGUGGUAACCCUGCCAUCUUCACUUCUGGAAUCAUCGACUCGCAGAUUUCCAAGCAAGCCCUCAGUGAGAUUGAGGGCCGGCACAAGGAUAUCGUGAGGCUGGAGAGCAGCAUCAAGGAGCUCCAUGACAUGUUUAUGGACAUCGCCAUGCUGGUGGAGAAUCAGGGUGAGAUGUUAGAUAACAUAGAGUUGAAUGUCAUGCACACCGUCGACCAUGUGGAGAAGGCACGGGAUGAAACUAAAAAAGCCAUGAAGUAUCAGGGUCAGGCUCGGAAGAAAUUGAUAAUUAUCAUUGUGGUAGUAGUUGUGUUGCUGGGCAUUUUAGCGUUGAUUAUUGGACUGUCCGUUGGGCUGAAGUAAGAGUGGCCUAAGGGGCUGCUGCACUGAAAAAACCUGAUUUCACUCCAGCUUGGCCUGACUACUCUUGUCUCCAGAUGGGAACGGAGUUCUAAUGGCCUUCCUGAGAACGAGGGGCACCUGUUCCUUUAUUUCCUUGUAACCACCCUUGGACCUGGCUCAGCAAUCUACCCCUGGAGGAAAUCUAACGUACCCGGUGCAGCCCUGAGUUCUCUUCAAAAUCACCUCCCAUCCUAGCAGCUGAAGUACCUUCCCUCCUGGACUGUGUGAAGCAACCCAACUUUUCCUUCCUUCUAGUGUGUCAAUUAUGCCUUGUGCCUUGGAAAGUCCCUGUGAGACCAGCCUGAGGCACUGUAUUUCUACCUCAUGGAAUAUUCUCCUGGAAUAUACUUUGUAGGGGAGUAACUAGCAAAAUAGAGGGGUUCUUCUGAGUUUGUCAGUAGUGUGGCUUGGAUCAGAGCCCCUAGUUGGCAGGAUGCCCGUCGUUAGUUUGUUGUCCUAUAUCCUGAAAACACGAGGGAUUAGCAUAUAUCAUUUUGGCCUUACAAGUUGACUUAUUUGAAAUCCACCUUUAAUUAAGCUCCAAGUUCAGCUUGUGGGACACUUAGAUUUUUACUCUGUAUUUGCUCUUGUUUACUCAGAGGGCUCUGGGUGACAGUCGUCUGAAGCUACCAUUGGCAAAGACUGAAGAUAAGGAAUAUGCUUCCGUGUCUGAGUCUUGGAAACUGGCUAGUCACUGUUAGAGAACUGCUUUGUGAAGCCAUUACUUUGAGGCCAAGCAGAGCCAGGGAUUCACAACAGGGCCAGGGACACGGUGCUACAGUCUCGGGCUCUGGAAGUGUCAGUCACUUGUGUGUUCCAGGUGUACUUUUAUAACUGUAUGAGAGAUAUGUACAUAAUUGUCUGCCUCUCAGGAAGUAGGAAAAACAGAAGAUACUCUUGAGCUCAAAAAAAAAAAAAAAAAGUGACAAGG